AUGGUUGUGCUAAAGGACGGCAGACGUUUCCAUCCCGACAUGAUUAUUGGUGCAGACGGACUUUGGUCUACAAUGCGGGAGUUCAUUAUGGAUGGGCCAUCUCCACCUCUGGAAACAGGUGAUUUGGCGUAUCGUGGCAUGUUUUCGCUCCAAGAGCUCACUGUGUUAAACGACCCAGAUGUCGAGAAGCUUGUUGCAGCAUCUGAUGUUCAGGUCUGGAUGGGGCCGGAGAAACAUGUUGCGUUUUACCCCAUCAGAAAUAAAACAGAAUUCAAUUUGGUAUUACUGCAAGUCACUUCACCGCAGAUAAUGCCAAAGCCCUCAGUUGACAGAGUCCAGUUGUCCAGAUGA